CAAAAAAACGACGAUCAUUGAUAACUCCACAAGCCGCUCAUUCUUUCUUUCUUUUUCUUUGUCUUUCUCUUUAUCUUUCACCCUUGUUUUCUCGAUUACCAAACACCCAACUCUUUCCGAUGGUGCCACCUGCGAGUCCCGGAGGUCCCUCCCCGCCGAAUCCUCAGCUGACCCAGCAGUUCUUGAGCAACGUACUCUCCCAGCGGGGCCCCUCCGCCCUCCCUUACUCAGAAGACACCAAAUGGUUGAUUCGCCAGCAUCUUGUGUCCCUCACAUCCUCCUACCCUUCUCUAGAGCCCAAGACCGCCACCUUCACCCACAACGAUGGUCGCUCCGUCAAUCUCCUCCAGGCCGACGGUACCGUCCCGAUGUCGUUUCAGGGUGUCACAUACAACAUCCCCGUUGUCAUUUGGCUCAUGGAGACCUACCCUCGACAUCCUCCCUGCGUUUAUGUGAAUCCCACUCGCGACAUGAUCAUCAAGCGCCCUCACCCUCAUGUCAAUCCGUCAGGUCUGGUUUCGAUCCCUUAUUUGCAGAAUUGGGUUUACCCUAGUUCCAAUCUUGUUGAUUUGUCUAGGAAUUUGAGUCUGAUGUUUGGAAGGGACCCUCCGCUCUACUCUCAGCGUCGCCCUAAUCCCAAUCCCAACCCUAACCCUAGCCCAAGUCCGAGCCAUGGGUCCAGUUUCGGGGCGAGUCCGAGUGGGCAUUCGGUGAAUUUGGGGCCGGCAGUGUCGUCCGGGUAUGCACGGCCAGCAAUUCCGCCGAGGGCAUAUCCGCCAUCUCCUUACGGUAGUGGAGGUGGGUCGUUUUCUCGGCCUCAGAGCGAUGAUCCGACGGAGGUGUACAAGCGGAAUGCGAUCAAUAAGCUGGUGGAGAUGGUGCACGGUGACGUUACAGGGUUGAGAAAGGCCAGGGAGGCGGAGAUGGAAGGGAUGUUUAGUGCUCAGGGGGUUCUGAGGCAGAGAGAGGAGCAGUUGAAUAUGGGGGUGAAGGAGAUGCAGGAUGAGAUGGAAGGGCUGGAGCAGCAAUUGCAGAUGGUUUUGAUGAAUGCUGAUAUUUUGGAGGCAUGGUUGAGGGAGAAUGAAGGGAAGACGAGGAGUUUGGAGAAUGUUGAUGUCGACGAUGCUUUUGAAUGCGUGGACUCACUCUCCAAACAAAUGCUUGAUUGUACGGCGGGAGAUUUGGCAGUGGAAGAUGCCAUAUAUGCUUUGGAUAAAGCUGUUCAGGACGGAGCAAUACCCUUUGAUCAGUACUUGAGAAGUGUGAGAUUGUUGUCUAGAGAGCAGUUCUUUCACAGAGCUAUGGGAGCGAAAGUUAGAGCUUCCCAGAUGCAGGCUCAGGUUGCUAACAUGGCCUCCAGGAUUUCACAGUUUGUUUCGUGAAAGUCGCACUAUGUGUGAGUUUUGCUGUUAUGGAGAUCACUUGCAAGCCCCACUUUCUCUGCUGAAUCAAAGCGGCUGAUAUUAUAAAAACCAUUAUAUACUUUUGAGGUUAGAUUCUUGUGAAAAUUGGUAUGUAUUUUUUUAUUUUAUUACAAAUUGUAUGAAUAGGAGAGGUAGAUAUCUUUUGCUGUAAGAAAUAUGUCAUUCUGAAUAAUUAUCGGGGCAGGACUCGAUUUUUUUGGUCCUAUGUCUACACAUCAAAUAUUGUAUACAUUCAUUAGCUUUGGUUA